GUAUGUAUCGAGUGUGACAAGGCAACACCGGAAGAAGUGGACGAGAACGAUGCGCCGGGUUUCAAGGUUGAAAAGGAUGAUGUCCGCUCUAAGGAGUUCGACCGAGCUCGAGCUGAAGCCGUGAAGAAGCUGCUGACGUCCGAGCAGAAGCAGCCAUUCGUGCGUGGAACAGCUGUCUCAAGAAGUGCCCGUAUUGAAAGGACCAAAGGCGAUUCCCUCGAGUACAUCACCAACAAGAACAAGGCUUCUUCUGAGACUCCACAGGCACCGGCCUCAACACCAUCCGGUGAGAAUAAGGACGCCUUGAAAACCAAAGUAGUUCUCAAAAAGGAAGUUCCACCACCACCGUCGAAUCUUCCUGAUCCUGUACCGGCAAGGAUACCACGGCCGAAAAUCAGUAAAUAUGUAGCUCCAUCGGAGAAUGCUGAGACACCUGAUGAAGAAGAAGAGGCUGCCGAUCGACUGACACCGCUGAGAAGUGAGCUACGGAGUCUUGGAAGUGAGUCAGACGACGAUUCGGACGAUUCCGAAGGCAGUUAUGAUACGCAUGAAGACGGAGUGGAUUAUGAGGAUUCGCCGUACGAGAUCACGAUUCCGAUGCGAGAAGCCAUGGAGAGCCUCAACUCGCAUCUCCUGCAGCCUGGAACGAUAACACCUGAAACAGCGGACUGGGCCCUCAAGUACGUACAGCACGAAUGGCUGAAGUGCACGGCUCGUAAAGGAAUCGUCGUGAAUAUCACUGAUCAGAACGGCAACACAGCGCUGCACUAUGCCGUAUCCCAUGGUAAUUUCGGUGUCGUUUCGUCCUUAUUGGAUUCGGGUGAAUGCCAGUUGAACCUGGCGAAUCGGGCCGGUUAUUCAGCAGUGAUGUUGGCCGCGUUGAGCUCGUUGGAAAAUGAAGUGGAGAAGGCUGUUGUUCAGAGGCUUUUCGAACUGGGUGACGUCAAUGCACGUGCACAACAACAUGGUCAAACGGCAUUGAUGCUAUCGGUAUCACAUGGGAAGAAAGCCACCACGGAAUUGUUGCUGGCCUGUGGUGCCGAUGUGAACCUCCAGGACGAAGAGGGCUCGACAGCUCUCAUGUGCGCUGCCGAACAUGGUCAUAAGGAUAUCGUCAAGCUUCUCCUUGGUCAACCUGGCAUCGAUGCUGCCCUGACAGACUGCGUAAGUAUCCUAAAUGCUACGAUAGGGCUUUUUAAAGGUCCUCUCCAGGACCUUUAA